AUGGGUAAUACAUUCAUGAGGCAAUUGUAUAGUCCUGGUCUUCAAUUGUUCAUGGAGAAUGACCCGAAUGCGGAUAUAUUAUAUAGCACAUCUAACAUUAAUAAAUCAUUAAAAGCCACCAACAAAAAUGAUUAUUCACAGGCCACCUGUGUAAAUAAUCAGGAUAUACUAGCAUCUAUCAAAGAAAGGGAUAUCUCACUACCUAAAUCUGUGCAUUUUAACGAUUCCUCCCCAACUAUAGUUUCAGAUAGUCCCUAUUUGACGAACCAUGGUUUCGAAAAUUUCGUAUCUCCAUUUUGGAAUAAUAUAAUAGAAUCCGUAUUUAAAGAUUUGCCUUAUAAUGGCGAUAAUCAAUUUAUAGAGGAGUUCAAGUACAAUGUAAUCAGCUCAUCCUUUUUACACGAUCUAAAUAGUUAUAUUCAUCCAAUAAAACCUAAGAGUUCAAUUUUGGAUUUUAAUAAUAAAGAUAAUGAAAAGUUGAAUAAAACUAUAAAAUUAUCAAAGAAAACGAGAUAUGGCAAAAUAGCAAAAAAGGUUAAUUACAGGUUCGUGUUGAUUGGUACAUUAGACUAUAGCAGUACUGUAUUUUCAUGCUUAAAAGUUAUGUAUUCGUUGAAAAAGUUGAAUAAAUCGUUACAACGCAAUACUAAACGAAUUGUUAUUGUUCUAUUAAUUUUCCUUUACCUAUCGUUUCAACAGACUAAUUUGAGGGUACACUGCAUUAGAGCUAAAUGUAUUGAAGUAAUUAAAGAAAUGACUCCACUACUUGAAAAUCUCGACACGUUGAUAAGCCAAUAUCAUCUACAAUAUAAAGAAUUAAAUAUUAAAAAAAAUUCAGCAGUACUCAAAGAAAACGAACGAUUAAACUUAAAAAAUACUUUAAAAAAUAAAUCUUCCAUUGAACGAACUGAUAUCUCCACCAUACAUGAUAUUUUACAUUCCACUACAGAUCAGAUGUUUUUUAAAAUAAAUUCUACUAUUCGUCAAUGGUUAACAUGUUGUGAUUUUGAUAACUUGAGCAGUUAUUGUGAAAUGUUUGAUGUAAGUCCCUUUGAAUUGCGUAUAUGUUUAACACAACAUUGUAGUUCUCUAUCACAAAAUAUAUCAAAUAUUCAUAUCCUUCGAAAAUUUUUAUUUUGCUGUUUAUUAUCCAUUCUUAAUGAUAGUAAAAUUCAAUCUAAGACUAUCGAUUCCAAUUUCCAAUUAAAAAUCCUAAGGUUAUUUAAAUGUUCAAAAAAUCAAAAAUCAAUAAGAAUGAAUGAAUGUUCUAUUCUCAAUAAAGUUAACUCAUCUUUAAUAUCAUUAAUGGACACGACGAAAAUAUUAGUUUCCUCACUGCAAGAAAAUAAAAGUGUAUUCAAAAUGGCUCAAUUAGAUUGUUUUCCAUCAAUUAUUACCACUUCAUAUGACCAGACAACAAUAAAAAGACAACAGAAUUUGAUUUAUGAAACAUUAGAAACAUUAGAGGAUCAAAUUGAAAUAAUACAGAAGUAUAAUAAAUCUAACUAUGACUUUAGUUCAGUUGAGAAUCGUCUACGACAUUUAAUAAACUCCGUACACGAUUUUCAUACUGAUCAGAUAAGCCAGAUACCCCAACAAAGUUACUCUGUAUCACGAAAUGUAUCCGAUACACGAGCUUCCAGUUACGGGAAAGGAUUUUCCUUAGAUGUUCUCCGUGCCCCAAGUCCACUUGAUGCAUCACUUAAUCUUAACAGAAAAGUCGAAUUUAUUAAAAUUGCUAAUAGUGAUGAGGAAGAUGAUGGGGGAUUUGUUUCAAGUGACGAAAAUUACUACAACGAAGACGAAACAAUCAUACAAUGUGAAUUACAACCUACUAUGGAGAACGAUACAAGCCGUGGAAUAUCUGUCCAUUAUCAGAGUAUGCGACAAUUAUCGGACGAACAAUUACAAAGACAACUUCAAGAUGAAAUAUUGAAAUUCUCUGCAGAAAACAAGAAGAGUAGAGAAAACUUGAGGACUGAGAAAUCAUUUGAAUUGUUAAAAAGGUGUAGAAAGCACAAUAACGAACAAUUAAGUUUUGACGAUACUAAGACUGUUAUAAAUACGAAUAAUGGUAAUGUUCAGUCCGGGAAGAACAAUAUGAAAACAAACUCAAACUUAGAUAAAAAUCAUCAUCUAUGCGUCUCAGAAGAAGGUAUUCCAAUAUUAUACAAUAUUAGGGAAUACUCUUGA